AUGAGGGAACUGAGGAGGGACGGCAGCAUCAUCAUUCUACCUGCUGACAAGGGACGAUCAACCGUCGUGAUGAAUAGAGAAGACUAUAAUGAAAAAGCUAAAGCCCUUCUUGAUGACAGGGAAUUUUACAGACCAGCACAGAAGUCACAAGCCAAAGCAGUGGCAGCUCGGCUGAGUAAACUGCUUAGAGAAUACCGACAUAAAAAUGUGAUCACGGAGACUGAAUGGCACCAAAUGAGGGCAACUGACACCGCUCUAGCCCGAUUCUAUGGUCUGCCAAAAAUCCAUAAAGCAAAUGUCCCACUUCGGCCAAUCGUUGCCCUAAAAGGCAGCCCCACCUACAAUUUGGCAAAGUGGAUGUACUCAAAACUGAAGUUCCUCCAAGGCAAUUCGACUACAUCAGUUCGAUCAGCCUCUCAAUUCCUCAUAGACCUCCGAGGUCGGAGAAUUCAAUCGGACGAAAUCAUGGUCUCCUUCGAUGUGACGUCGUUAUUCACAUCCAUCCCACCAAACGUGGCCCGCGAAGUCUUGCGCAAGAGACUUGAAGAGGCGUACGAUGAGACUCAGAAUGCCCUCAAAAUUGAACACCUCAUGAGGCUGUUUGAAUUCUGCCAACAAACUUUCUUCACUUUUGCGAGAGAGACCUAUGUACAAAUCAAGGGAACCCCAAUGGGCUCACCGGUGUCCGGUUUGGUGGCAGAACUGGUCUUACAGGAAUUAGAAAAGAUUGCCUUCCUCCAACAUGAACCGGUGUUUUGGCGACGUUACGUUGACGACACGUUCGUCAUCGUAAAGAAGGACAUACUGCAACAUUUCCACAGCCUGCUCAACGCAGUCUUCCCGGAUAUAACAUUCACGAGGGGAGAAGAACAGGAACAGCAUUUGCCCUUCCUGGAUGUGCUCGUCAGACGAAACCUUAACGGUGAACUUGAAACGACGGUUUACAGGAAGGCAACGAACACCAUAGAGCUUCUCAGUUUUCACAGCAACCAUCCGGUGGCUCACAAACGAAGCUGUAUGAAGACGCUCUUCAAACGGAUCCAAACUCAUUGCAGCAAACCGGAGGACAGAACACGUGAGGCCCGUUAUCUCCGCGACCAGUUUGUGCAAAAUGGCUAUCCUAGGGCACUCAUAAGUUGCUGCCUACGCGGUCGCCACCAGAGAACUCGAACAUCAACGCCACCGACGAUAUGGCAUUCUCUGCCAUACAUCAAGGGUGUUUCAGAAGCGACCUAG